AUGGCUCCUAUAACCCGACUGACUCGAAUUGUUCCUCAAGCGAUAAUUCUUCCUCGUGUUUCAAGGGAUAUAACACAGACUAUCACUCGAAGAGAUAGAUCUUCUACCGCUACCAUUCUUCUCGGUUCAAACACUAUUUCAAAAAUUUCGAAAGAUCAAGCUGUUACUAUUAGAUCGGCCACAAGUCAUGUUGUUGUUUUGAGUCCCAGGUCGACAACGAUGCCAAUUGAUGUAACAGAGACGACGGAUUUGAGCAGUGGUGCGAUUGUGGGGAUUGUAUUGGGUUCUAUAUUGGGGUUCAUGGUGUUGUUGGUGCUUGGAUAUAAGUGCUGGUUUAAUAGACGAUCUGCGGUUUGGACUGCGAGGUAUGAUGGGGAUGGAGAUGAAAUGGUUUAUAGGGAAAGGAGAGAUAGUGGAGAAGGACAAGGAAGAAUUUGGAAAAGUGCUGCGAGAGGUGGGGGAAGAGAGGAAUGGGAGAUGAGAUGUGAAUAUGAUGAUGGUGAUGGUAGUGAAGUUAGGAGACCGGAUAAAGCGGUUGUGAGAGAAGAGAGGAGAGGGAGAGGAAGGAGAUAUAGGAGGACAGGAAGAGAGAGGGAUAGGCAAUGGAAUGAUAAUAAUGGUUAUCAUGGGGGAAACAGAAGUCGCGAAUGGGAAAGAGAAGGGAAUAGAAGAAGAAGAAGUAGUAGGAAUGCAUGGGUAGUAGUUGAGAGAAGAGGAAUUCUAGGUUGGGGAAAACCGGUUAGAAGUUCUAGGGGGAGAAGUUUACGGAGAGGAAUGGAAAUGAGAGGGGAAAGAGGGGAAUUUGGAAGGCCUGUGAGGAGUUGGAGGGGGUGGGAAGGAAUGGGGAAGGGAAUUGUGAUUGAAAUGGGAGGAUGGAAUUGUGUGGUUUUUGUGGAGGGGGAGGGGGAGAUAAGGGGUUGA